UGACUGCAUCUGUCUUGUCACCUGAUCGAACCCAGGAAGCAAAGCGUAACAAGCCCUGCAAUCUGGCAUCCCUGUCGUUAUCGACAGAGAAAGACGAACUAGAUCGAUAUCUUAGUUCAUUAAGUCACACAGCGACACCAUGGUUCAAUGUUUCCUGAUCCAUACCGUUAACCCGGUAAGCACUCUGGCCCCCGGGGAGAGCCGCGUGCUCUACUCCCGUGUGUUUGGACCGGAGGAGGGCGCGCUGACCGGGGCGGACAGUGAACUGGGACCGGAACAGAGGCGGCUUCUGCAAAAUGAGAAGGUAGCGGUGGUGGCGAGGCAGGUGCGUAGUGCAGUGACCCUGUCCCGUGAGGCGUCAGGCCGGGUGUUGGUAGAGACCGUACUGGGAGAAGAGCUGGUGGCUCUCCAAGAGGCUGACAGCGGGGUUCAGCGGCUGGGGAGGGGAGAGCCCUGGGCUGGGGAGAGGAGUGCUCUGUGGCUGGGGGUCCAGAGCCUAGCCUUCACCCUGGUCACUGAGCCCCAUGAGAACCUGCUUCUGGCUGAAGGGACCCUGAAGAGCAUCACCAGACACUGUCUGGAACAUCUACGCAUGCUGGGGACGGGGAGUGAGGUCCUGUUGAAGAGUGACCGUAUCGAUGUCCUGCUCCACCGUCUGUUACCACACGGUCAGCUGCUGUUCCUCAACCAUCGCUUCACUCAGAGUCUGGAGAAAGAGCUGGCUAAUUACAUGGCCCAAUGAGAGAGAAGGAGAGGAUGGCGUAUUAUGCCAAAAAGAAGGUCUGAAAACGGCGAGUUGCCAUCCAAACUUAAAAAUAAAAACGAAUAGCUUGUUGUUCAACUUAAUGUUGAAAACAUUUUUAUUACGCCGCUCUCUAAUGAACACUACCCUUGGAGAAUAGGAGUGAACUACACGGACCUUCUUCUUCUCUCCUUUGGGAUAGCACGGGCAAACAGGAAGUGGGUUGAUACCACGGGCUAACAGGAAGUGAGUUGACCUGAGGGGUCCAGAACAGAAAGACACAACUAUCCAUCACACAGAGACUGUUAUUGUCACAAAGCUGCAUUCAAUAAUGGCCUGAAGAGUGUCUGAACUGUCUCUCUGUCUGUGACCUUGCCCAUCCAGGAGAUGGAAAAUGAACCUUUGUGGCAGAGGUAUAUAUUUGUCACGUGCUGAAUACAACACGCCUUACUGGGCAAUGCUUACUUACAAGCCGCCCUUUUAAGAAAAAUAAGAGUUAAGAAAAUAUUUACUAAUGUAAGGGGGAGUGGGGAGUGGGGGAGGGGGAAGGGGGGUCAAUGCAAAUAGUCCAGGUAGCCAUUUGAUGAACUGUUCAGCAGUCUGAUGGCUCGGGGGUAGAAGCUGUUCAGGAGCCUUUUGGUCCCAGAUAUGGCGCUCCGGUACCGCUUGCCAUGCUGUAGCAGAGAGAACAGUAGGACUUGGAUGACUGGAGUCCUUGACAGUUUGUUGAGGCCUUCCUCUGACACCACCUGUGCUGUACCGGGGCGCCGGGGAACAGUGGGUUAGAUCUCUAGAGAUUGGUAGAGCUCUGUGUUGAUUUUUGGUAGAGCUCUGUGUUGAUUUUGGUAGAGCUCUGUGUUGAUUUUGGUAGAGCUCUGUGUUGAUUGGUAGAGCUCCGUGUUGAUUGGUAGAGCUCCGUGUUGAUUGGUAGAGCUCUGUGUUGAUUGGUAGAGCUCUGUGUUGAUUGGUAGAGCUCUGUGUUGAUUGGUAGAGCUCUUUUCUUGUGUUACAGCUUGAAUUUAAAAUUGUAUUAAAUAGAGAUUUUGUGUCACUGGUCUACACACAAUACCCCAUAAUGUCAAAGUGGAUUUUUAUUUUAUUUUUAUUUUUUACAAAUGAAUUAAAAGUGAAAAUCUGAAA